UCUGUUCCACUGCCACCCAGGAUCUGCUGGGUUCUGCCUCGCGAGGUCUGCGUCUCCGAGCUUUGGGGCCUAGCUACGUGAAAAAGGAGACCUACUUACCAACUCUAAUCGCCCUAAACCUCUUUUGAGGGCUUGAAAAUGACACGAAGUGCGCUUUUGCUUGAAGUUGUCAGUCCUCUGAAUCCAUGUGACAGUACGGCGCCUCUCCUCGCUGUUCCUGUUGUUUUUGUCCGCGCUUAAGAAUCGUUAGAUGUACAGAUAGGUUAGCUAAACGGCUAACGCUGCUAAUAAUUCACUCGCAAGUAACCUAGUACAUUACCUCUACAACAAGAUUAUACCGGGUUUGGUAAUCUGCAGAAAAACUUGUUUUUUUUUAUCAAGAACCUGCUCUGCAACGUUGUGUGUCUUGGGAAAUUGUUUAUUAGAUAGGCUAAUCAAUAAAAACCACCACACACUGCGAUGUUAUUAGCUGAUUGUUCCGAUAAGUUCGUGUUGGGGAACUAGCGUUAACUUAACGAAUUUCCAUGUUCAGUCUGUGUUGGUUGUAAUAAGAAAGCCUCGUUGUCGUUUUCUCUCUCUCUCUCUCUCUCUCUCUCUUUCUUUUUUGUGGUGGAAAACAGGAGCUAUUUUAGACGAGCUGUGAGCAGGGUGUACUGACGAUUCCGGAAAAAGUUAGCUAGCUAGGUUAACCUUGCUGGGUGGACGCUGGGCAGUUUUGGAAAGAAACAUAUUUAAGAAGAAACGCAUUGAGCCCUGAGGACUCAAACAGGAGCUAACGAUAGCUGUCGGGUCUACACACUAACAGCUGCGGCAGCUAGCCUUAAUUCAUUGUUUUGGAUAUAAUUAAGGCCCGAAUCAUGUGUUCUUGUCAUUUUAAUUAGGCUUUACUAAUUCCCACGCCUGUCGACGUUGCGUUUCUACGAUUUUGCUGUUUUUGUUGGUGAGUUGAUAAACAAGUAGGAGGAAAAACGAUAGCAGCACGACUGUAAUCUAGGCUAUCGCUGCUACUGUUCCGGGUUAGGUGACCGAUGGAGCAGAUCUGUCAAGUACAACCCAUGAAACACGCUUGGCAGAAAUGAUUCACAUUCAGCAUCAUGAAGAUUGCACAAAGAGGGCAACUUUCUUAUGCUUUCCUAAAUGGACAAGUCUGAUGUGUCUUCCUCACCCGGAUUUGAAAAUAACACACCACUGUAAAUAUUUGGACAGAUGAUAGAGACAGCCACGCUGAUGACACUUGAACACUUAAAAAGCUGCUUUCAUUAGAAAAAGUAAUUUUUUCCUAGCAGAAAUUCAGUCUGCUAAAAUGGAUGGAGAGGAAGGCCUCUCUCAAAAGACUGAUGAUGUGCACCUGGAACAUAAUGGUUCUUUGGAAAGUGACAAGAGAAAAGAGGCCAAAGAAUCCUGUUUAAAGAUUGAGGGUCAAGAUGGUUAUGUAUUUAAAUCAUACCGCAUUACUCCUCAUGAGAUGACAGAUGCAACAUCCUCUGAUUCUCCCAUAGACACACUGGUUAAAGACUCUUGUUCUAUGUCCUCAUACCUCAAGGGGAUGAUGGAUUAUGCAUCUUCUCAGGUUGAUGGACAUUCAGGAGAUGGUCUGGAAGUAGAGAGCUGCAAUAAGCAGGACUCGCCAGCUUCUCCAACCAUUUCAAUUAAAGACCAGAGCGCUGAAACGGACAAGGACAAUUCAGCAGAUGAACUAAAUGUGCAUAUCAAAGAUGAACCAAAUGAAACAGGUGAAAUUGCUCAGGAGGAUGAAAAGUUGUACUUUGAUGGUGCUGUAGGUCCCUUUGUCACUAAAAGUAAUGAUGAUGACUACGGUAACAUACUGAGUGGCUACUCAAGUACUUUUUACGAUGUUGCAAUGGAUGCUGUCACACAAAGCCUUCUCACGUCUAUUAGAAAUCCUCUUAAUCCUAGAAAGAAGUCUCCUGCUUGGAACCAUUUUUUCAUAUCUCCUCGUGAUAGUACCAAAGCAAUCUGUAUGUACUGUAUGAAAGAGUUCAGUCGGGGUAAAAAUGAGAAAGACCUCAGCACUAGUUGUUUGAUGAGGCAUGUGCGAAGGGCUCACCCCACUGUACUUUUACAAGACAGUGACUCUUCAAAUACUUCAUCCAAUUCUGCCUCAUCUUUAAUACCUUCCAUUAAAUCACCAAAUAAUGGAGACCUGGCAGCUAGCAUUAAUCCCCUCUUAAACAAUCACACCUCACCGUCCACCUCUUUAGCAGAAGCCCCAGAUGUAGCAUCCAAAGAGGCAUUGCAAAAGGUCAAGCCAAAAGUGGAAAAGAAUGCCAAGACUGACUCUGGCAUGGAACCUUCCCCACAUUCCGUCAACAACCACAACGACGAUGCCAUGGACAUUGGGUCUGACUGCUCAGGCUCAACCCAUAAAAGCUCAAGUUCUCGAAGGCGAUCAGCUGUGUGGAAACACUUCUAUUUGUCUCCUGCGGAUAGCUCAAAAGCCGUGUGUAUUCACUGCAUGAAUGAGUUCAGUCGGGGUAAAAAUGGGAAAGACUUGGGAACAAGCUGUCUAAUUCGCCACAUGUGGCGGGCCCACCGAGACAUUGUCAUUGAAGAAAAUGGACAGGGCUCCACCAUUCCACCACCUUAUACCACACCGCCAACACUACUGUCACAGAUGCAGGACCCUGUGGAGAUCAAAAAAGAGCCCAGCUGUACCUCACCUGAAAACAUAUCACAUGAAGUGCCCAAUGAUGACAGUGAAAAUACGGUUGUAAAGGAGGAGGUAAAUGAUGCCACGUAUCAUUCUGAACAGGAAUCUUCACUCAACAUGUCCUUUGACCUUAAAAGUGAAAAUAUACCUCCAUCAUCAUCAUCCCCAGAUGAUUCUGCUGAAGGCCCGAGUCUAAGUCAAGAGCCAAGCUCGGUUUUCCAACAAAACAAAAAAAUAAUGAAAAGGGUAAAAUCAGAGGUGUGGCACCACUUCAUUGUCUCCCCAGUUGACCAACUCAAGGCUUUGUGUCGAUACUGUCCUUGUGUCAUUAGUCGUGGCAAGCGCGGUGACUUCGGCACAAGCUGUUUGAUGCGGCAUCUGAUGAGGCGGCAUCCUGAUGUUCUAAAGAACCAAAAAAGCACAAGCGUCCAAGUGUAUUCACCUCAGUCACUCCAUACUACACUCUCUCCAGAGGAGGAAAUGUCAGCAAGUGCAGCUGACAGCCCUGCUAGUAUGAAGAAACAACGCACUCUACCCAUUUUUAGCAAGAAGACUUCAAAACUGUGGAAUCACUUUUCUAUUUCUUCUGGAGACCCAACAAAGGUGGUCUGUUUGCACUGUAGCCGCACAAUAAGCAGGGGCAAAAAACCAACAAAUCUAGGCACUAGUUGCUUAUUUAGACACAUGCAAAGGUUUCAUGGACAUGUGCUUGAAAAUAAUAGUAGUAUCUCAGGUGAUGUGUCAUCUGCUGAAAUCACAGUAAAGCAGGAGCUUAUGGACACUUCUGCAUAUGAGGAAAAUAAUGAGAAAUUUGAUGAUUGCCACCCAGUUGCCAAAAAAAUCACCAAACUCAUUGCAGAAAUGCUUGCACUGGAUCUUCAGCCAUCAGCUGUGGUGGAGAACAUUGGCUUAAACCGAUUACUGGAAUAUCUCCAACCACAGUAUUCUGUACCCUCUUCAUCUUACUUCACCAGCACUGCCAUACCAGAAAUGUACGAAAGCGUGAAAGAGGUUGUCCUGACACACCUCAAGGAGGCUGAGAGUGGAAUUAUCCAUUUCACAACAAGCGUAUGGGUGAGCAGUCAAACUCGGGAAUACCUGACUCUUACGGCCCACUGGGUGACGUUUGAGUCAUGUGUCCGACCUCAGGGCCAAGAUUUCCACUGCUCAGCUCUGCUUGGUGUGUCCCCAAUAGACUGUGAUUACAAUAUGCUGAGCAUACAGAAGCAGCUUGAGUAUCUUUGGGACACCUGGAUUGCUUCCUCAGGCCUGCAGAUUGGAUUCAUUGUAACUGAUAAUCAAGCCAUAGGAAACGUGCUGGAGGACAGUGCUCAUACCAUCAUGCAUUGUUUUGGUCACAACAUAGACCUCAUUGUUAAUGAAGCCAUAAAAAGUCAGAGGAUGGUCCAGAACUUGUUGAGCAUUGCACGAAAGAUCUGUGAGCGAGUACACCGUUCGCCAAAGGCAAAGGAAAAGCUAGCAGAACUGCAAAAAGCCUAUAACCUGCCUGAAAAUCAGCUGGUCCAGGAUGUUCCCUCCAAGUGGAAGACCUCAUAUUUCAUGCUUGACAGAUUAGUUGAGCAAAAGAAAGCCAUUGACGAACUGUCUUUAGAGUGCAAUUUCAGGGAACUUAUAAGCUGUGACCAGUGGGAGGUGAUGCAGUCAGUUUGCAACGCUCUAAAGCCCUUUGAGGUGGCCUGCAGGGAGAUGAGUAAUCGCACUGCUACUCUUGGACAAGUCAUACCACUCAUUCAUAUCCUUAACCGCAAGAUAGACAUGCUUUUUGAUGAGACUAUGGGUAUUGACAACAUGCUUAAGUCUCUGAAAGAGGCCAUGGUGACCAGGAUGUCUCCCACACUUCAUGACCCACGUUAUACAUGGGCAACCAUGCUGGACCCCCGGUACAAGACCUCCCUGUUCACAGAGGAGGAAGCGGAGCGGUGCAAGCAAGACCUCAUACAAGAACUCGAUAAGGUAUCCAUAGCUACCUCUGCAGAGACUAAACCUUCAUUGUCCAACGGAUGCAGUGAGGUCCCAGCUUCAUCUAACAGUUCAGCUGCAAACAAGGACAACCUCUGGGCCUUGAUGGAUGACAUUAGGCAAAAGAUUAAGCAAGAAGACAGACCAAAGUCGUCAGAGCUUGCUGUUCUGGAGUACUUGGAGGAAGACAUCCUUGAUCAGAGCUGUGAUCCUCUGGAUUAUUGGAAUCUCAAGAAGUUCUUGUGGCCUGAACUUGCCAAAGUAGCUGUACGUUAUGUUGGUUGUCCACCCAGCAUUGUACCAGCAGAGACUCUGUUCAGCACGUCAGGUGUGAACUGUGCCCUGAAUCAAUCCAGACCAUUGAUAGAAAAUCUUGAAGGACUCUUAUUUUUAAAGGUCAACCUUCCUUUGAUAUAUUUUCAAUAUUGAGACCUUUUUUAUGCGUGCAAGCUUAUUUCUUAGACCCUGAUGAACCCUGACCAAGGACCAAAUCGCUUCUGAGAUGGCCCUUUAAAAUAUUUUACACUGAGGUUUAGAUUUGGUAUACAGAGCAAAUAGAUCAUGUUAAUUUAAAUAAAUGCUUUGUAUGUGUACUACUGUUCAACACUUAAUAACUGGAGUUGGUCUGAUAACCGGUGAAAAGUGUUUUCAGGGA